UGACAGUACAAUCGUCCCAACUGUCGAAUCGGGUGAUGCCACAUCGAGUGUUUACAUGGAUACUCCACGCCCGAACCAAAAACACGGUAAGCGUAAAAUUGAUCGCUCAUUCAAUGAAACAGUAAAACGUUCGUGCUUCACAUCAUCUGACGAUCCGGGUAUGUUGCGCGUUGAUAACGCUACCGAUGAAACUGUCUCGACACCAUCAGUUCUGCAGAAUGCAACGAAUUUGCGCAAUUUGGUCCACGCUCCGGCCCGCAAACCGAUUACGAAAAAUGCUUCACGCGCUCAAGCCGGCAAUUUGCACGCCAAAGCGGUACCGUUACCACAGGUCAGCAAUUUACACAAGAAAAUUGCUCCGUCAGUUCUACUGUCAUCUAAACUGAUGAAGAGCGUUCACAUCUCACGCUUCUCUAACGACACCACCUGUGAUGAUAUUUUGAAUCAUUUGCGCUUCAUUGAUUCCACAUCUAACAUUGUAAAUGAAAUUCAAUGCAAAAGAUUGACACGUGGGGGCCGGCCAAUUUCAAGCUACAAAUUCAUAACGUUCAAACUGACCUUUCCUCGUCAAUACUUUGAACGUAUUGUUAACCCGUCGAUAUGGCCGAGUUCAAUUAAGGCCU